AUGGAGGCGCCACCGCCACCGCCACCUCCGUCUGUCACCGAGGACGACGGCGGCUACGUCCUCGUGGACCUGUCCCUGACGCUGGGCCAGGCCUCGCCGCCACCCUCCUCCUCGUCCCUCGACCACGCAACAACCGCCGCCGCCGCUAGUUCUAGCUCCGACGGUGCAGCCGGCGGCGGUGGCAGGGCCGGCGCCGGCGCCGGCGUGAGGCUGUUCCCGUGCCUCUUCUGCAACAAGAAGUUCCUCAAGUCGCAGGCGCUCGGGGGCCACCAGAACGCGCACAAGAAGGAGCGGAGCAUCGGGUGGAACGCCCACCUCUACCUCCCGGCGGCCGCGGAGACGACGAUGACCGCUGCCGACUCUCAUCCCGCCAUGGUCGCUACACCCAUCAGCGGCAGCCACGCGUCCCACACUUGCCGCCCUCACGAGUACACAAGCAGCCACCACCAGCAGCCGCAGCCGGCGGACGGCGGUGCGGCGGCGGCGCCAUUGGAGACGAUGACGGCGUGGUGGUACGUGGAGGAGGAGAAACUGAGGCAUGUUGACCUCAAUCUCAAGCUCUAG